GGCUGCCAUGCAGAAAGGAGUUACAAUAAGCUACUUAGUGGGAGAAAGCUAAUGUCUAAAAUGGCUAAUUCUGAAGUGAAGGAAGCAGCAUCAGACUCCACUGCUGGGAAAAUGAUAUUUGAGCCCAUCUUGGAGGAUGGAGUUUUCCGAUUUGAUUGCUCUGCAAACGAUAGAGAUGCAGCAUAUCCAAGUCUUUCAUUUAUGAAUAGCAACGACAGGGAUGUACCAAUCAUGAGUAACAAGGUUCCUUUGUAUAUCCCUUCUUUUGAGUGCCUUUUGGGACAGCAGCUUGUCAAACUUGAGCUUCCUGUUGGUACCUCAUUUUAUGGAACUGGAGAAGUUAGCGGGCAGCUAGAGCGAACAGGAAAAAAAGUUUUUACAUGGAACACAGAUGCAUGGGGUUAUGGUCCUGGAACUACAUCCUUGUACCAAUCACAUCCUUGGGUGCUGGCUGUUCUUCCAAAUGGGGAGGCAUUGGGAAUUCUAGCUGACACGACAAGGCGCUGUGAGAUUGAUCUAAGGAUCAAAUGCAGAAUUCAGUUUAAUGCUCCAGCCUCAUUUCCUGUUAUUACAUUUGGUCCAUUUCCUUCACCCAGUGCAGUUUUGACAUCUUUAUCUCAUGCAAUUGGAACUGUUUUUAUGGCUCCAAAAUGGUCUUUAGGCUAUCACCAAUGCCGUUGGAGCUAUGACUCUGAGGAGAGAGUUCUUGAGGUUGCAAGAAAGUUUUGGGAGAAGGGUAUACCUUGUGACGUGAUAUGGAUGGAUAUCGAUUACAUGGAUGGCUUUCGUUAUUUCACUUUUGACAAGGAGCGUUUCCCAGAUCCAAAGUCUUUGGUGAAAGAUCUCCACCAUAUUGGUUUCAAGGCAAUAUGGAUGCCUGACCCAGGGAUUAAACAUGAAAAGGGUUACUUUGUUUAUGAUAGUGGGACUGAUCAUGAUGCUUGGAUACAGGAAGCAAAUGGGAUGUAUUUUGUUGGGGAUGUGUGGCCAGGGCCUUGUGUUUUUCCUGAUUUUACACAGUCAAAAAUUCGUUCUUGGUGGGCGAAUUUAGUUAGAGAUUUCAUUUCUAAUGGUGUCGAUGGUAUAUGGAAUGAUAUGAAUGAGCCAGCUAUUUUUAAAGCUAUAACAAAAACAAUGCCUGAGAGCAACAUUCACCGGGGUGACAAUGAACUUGGUGGUCAUCAAAGUCAUGCACACUAUCACAAUGCAUAUGGGAUGCUAAUGGCAAGAUCAACUUAUGAAGAGAUGGAACUAGCUGAUAAAAGAAAGCACCCCUUUGUUCUAACUAGAGCUGGAUUUAUUGCGAGUCAAAGGUAUGCUGCAAUGUGGACAAGAGAUAACCUUUCCAAUUGGGAGCACCUUCACAUGUCCAUCUCCAUGGUACUUCAAUUGGGCCUAAGUGGUCAGCCCCUAUCAGGACCUGAUAUUGGUGGGUUUGCUGGAAAUGCAACACCCAAACUUUUUGGACGUUGGAUGGGCUUUGGUGCUAUGUUUCCAUUAUGUCAUGGGCACUCAGAGACUGACACCAUUAACCAUGAACCAUGGUCAUUUGGUGAAGAGUUGAAAUAUGUGUUGAAACAAGAAGGAUUGAAAAUUAUCAUUUUACAAUUAGUGAGGUUGAGCCCUAAGGGAGUCCAUGGUGAUUUUCACUGUGUUUGGGAGUUCAUUGCCCAAGCGUGAUGGCUGAAUUGAACAGCUAACAAUUUCAUUUUAAUUCACCAUAUAAACAAUAGAAAAUUGAAUGGUGAGAGAAGAA